AACCAAGUGUUCCCUGCAAGGAAGCGUUUUUGAUCUCUUUUUUAAAGCAUUGAAUUUCAUCCAAGAGAUUUUAGCGAGGGUUUUAUCCUUUGGUAUAUCUCUUUCUAUUUUCCCCUGAGCGGAUUUGCGUCACUCCUGUUGUUAAUAGCGCUACAUUGUGACAGUAUAUAUUUGUAUUUUAGAUAUUUAGCUAAACGUGUUCUUUAGCGACCAUUACGAUCUCGUACAUCUUUCAUUGAGGAUAUAGUCUAUUUGUCAACAACAUUUCGCCAUAUUACGUCUAUCGAAUUUCUGUUAAAUGUCUUUUGGGGAUUUGGAAAAGGGCGCUCCCAGGGCAUAUAAUGUUCCAUGGGGGGACGUCACCUCUUCAUCGUUCUCCAACGACUCCGCCCAAGAUUCCACCACCUUUGACCGCGCCUCCCACACCAUCUUCACCAUCUCCAAUAAUGUCGCAACGAUCCAAAAGCUCGUUUCCCAAUUCGGCACACCAAAGGACACGCACGACAUGCGAACGCGGUUACACUCCCUAACAGAAAACACCCGCGACAUGGUCCGUCAAACUGGUGCAGAUCUCAAAGCCCUCCUAGGACGCCCACACCAACCCCAAACCCUCCGCGACCGGCAAAGAAAAAUGGCGCACCAAAAACUCUCAAAGGACUUUGAAAGCGUUUUGAAACGAUUCCAAAGUGUUUCGCAAGUAGCUGCUGAAAAGAGUCGGGAGUACGUUACGCUUGCUCGAGCUGUCCAAGCUCACGACGAACACCAUGACGACGACCAAGAAGACUCUGAAUCCCAACCUCUCAUGUCUCGACAGCGGGAACAGCUUGCAAUGUUGGAUAAUGAGAUUGAGUUUAAUGAAGCGUUGAUUGCGGAGCGUGAAGAGGAUCUGAAGGGGAUUGAGCAGAGUAUUGCGGAAGUGAAUGAGAUUUUUAGGGAUUUGGGGACAUUGGUGCAUGAGCAGCAGUAUAUGCUUGAUAAUAUUGAAUCUAAUGUCCAAUCCGUUGAAAUCAACAUGGAGAAUGCAACAGGGGAAUUACGUACUGCGGAUCGAUACCAACGUGCAUCGCGAAACAAGUUGUGUUGUGUGAUGGUUGUGGUGGCGAUGAUUGUUUUGGUACUGGUUUUGGUGAUUGUUACUUAGGAGUUAGAUGCCCUACUCUUUAGAUUUCUUUUUUUGUGCAUGUGAGUAUGUGAUGUAUAGUGUUUUUUUUUGGUGGUGUGGUUGCGCGAAAAGGAAAAGAUAUGUGAUUCAUUUGAAUGUUCCAUUUUUUGUUGGGUACCCGUUUAUUUCCUGGCCUGGGCGGAGUGCAAUACUGGAAGAACAUGUAAACUUUCGUUCUGUCAAUACAGUGUGCGCAGCAACAAUGUAAAAGA